AUGGCGUCCACCGGCAAACCGCAGUGCAGCAAGGACGAGAUUAUUAAAUCUGUCAGAAACGUUACUGGUGGGUGGCUAAUUUAUAAAGCGUCAGGUGGAUGGGGUUCCAGAAAGCUCAACCUUGCGGCCCCGGAUGAUACUGGAUACUCAGGCAAAAUCCUUAAAAAUGCCAAUCGGGGAGCAAAAUGUCUAUACAUCGCUCCAGUCCAGGAGGAGCUCUGUAUGGACCCCCUCCCAUUUGACGACGAAGCUUUCAAAGAAAUGCACAAAGCUAAAUGCCACACCUGUCAUACAGACAUUCCCAUCCAGCUGCUCAAAAACCACAUACAGUUGUGCGCCAAUUCCCCAAGUGAUGAAUUGGUGUUUUCUGAAGUUGAGGAGAGUGAGGUUGAGGAAGUUGGAAGUAUGCAAACAUGUCCUGUAUGCACUGAACUCUUUCCUCAAGAUAUUAUUGAGGAUCAUGCUUCCAGCUGCGGAGAGAGAUUGACCAAGGCUGUACUGUAG